AUGUCUUCUCAAGUUAACGAACCAGAAUUUCAACAAGCUUACCACGAAGUUGUUUCCUCUUUGAAGGACUCUUCUUUGUUCGAAAAGCACCCAAAAUAUGCUAAGGUUCUUCCAGUUGUCUCUGUCCCAGAGAGAAUCAUCCAAUUCAGAGUUACUUGGGAAAAUGACAACCACGAGCAAGAAGUUGCUACUGGUUACAGAGUCCAAUUCAACUCCGCUAAGGGUCCAUACAAGGGUGGUCUACGUUUCCAUCCAUCCGUCAACUUGUCUAUUCUAAAGUUUUUGGGUUUUGAACAAAUCUUCAAGAACGCUUUGACUGGUUUGGACAUGGGUGGUGCCAAGGGUGGUCUAUGUGUUGACCUAAAGGGUAGAUCCGACAACGAAAUCAGAAGAAUCUGUUACGCUUUCAUGAGAGAACUACACAGACACAUUGGUGCUGACACCGAUGUUCCAGCUGGUGACAUCGGUGUUGGUGGUCGUGAAAUCGGUUACUUGUUCGGUGCUUACAGACAUUACACUAACUCCUGGGAAGGUGUCCUUACUGGUAAGGGUUUGAACUGGGGUGGUUCUUUGAUCAGACCAGAAGCUACUGGUUACGGUCUAGUCUACUACACCCAGUCUAUGAUCGACUACGCCACCAAGGGUAAAGAAUCUUUCUCUGGUAAGCGUGUUGCUAUCUCUGGUAGUGGUAACGUUGCUCAAUUCGCUGCUUUGAAGGUUAUCGAACUAGGUGGUAUUGUCGUCUCUCUAUCUGAUUCUAAGGGUUGUAUCAUCUCUGAAACCGGUAUCACUACUGAACAGAUCGCUUCUAUUGCCGAAGCCAAGAUCAAGUUCAAGUCCUUGGAACAAAUUGUCGGUGAAUACUCUGCUUUUGCUGAAAACAAGGUUGAAUACGUUGCUGGUGCUCGUCCAUGGACCUUAGUUGGUAAGGUUGACAUUGCUCUGCCAUGUGCUACCCAAAAUGAAGUUUCCGGCGACGAAGCUAAGGCUUUGGUUGCUGCUGGUGUAAAGUUUGUUGCUGAAGGUUCCAACAUGGGUUGUACUCCAGAAGCUAUUGAUGUCUUCGAAAGCUCUCGUGCUACCGCCUCUGCUCCAGGUGAAGCUGUGUGGUACGCUAUGGGUAAGAACUCUAACCUGGGUGGUGUCUUGACCUCUGGUUUGGAAAUGGCCCAAAACUCUCAAAGAAUGUCUUGGACUAGUGAGGAAGUCGACCAAGAAUUGAAGAAGGGUAUGGUUAACUGUUUCAACGACUGUAUUGAAGCCGCUGAAAAGUACAGCAACGAAUCUAACAAGAACGCCUUGCCAUCUUUGGUCAAGGGUGGUAACAUUGCAAGUUUCAUUAAGGUCGCUGAUGCCAUGUUCGACCAAGGUGAUGUUUUCUAA